AUGACGACUUUUGGCAAGCUAGAAAAAUACGACAAUAAGGAGCCCUGGUUAUCCUACACGGAAAGAGUUGACGCGUUCUUCAAUGCAAACGGCAUCGAAGACGACGAGAAGAAGAAAUGGAUCUUCUUAUCAACCGUCGGGACCAGCACUUACGCGACAGUCCGGAGUCUGCUAGCUCCUGCGAAGCCAAAAGAAAAGAAGUACAAGGACCUCAUGACUACCUUGAACAGUCACUUCAGCCCUCCACCGUCGGCGGAAGCAGCGGAACGCAACGCGACCGAGAUACAAAGAGGCCACGUGGACGCGACCACUUCGGGAAACCAAGAAGGUACCACUAAUCAUCUCAAGUUCCCCAGAAAGAAAAAUGGUCAACAGGGACCUAAAGGUCAAAAAUGGAAGGAUCCAAAGGCCACAGCAAAAAAGAAGCCAGGACCACAAGAUAAAGCAAGUGCCUGCAUUCAUUGUGGUUCCCGGGAUCACAAGCCCCCGGAGUGUCCCCACAUCAACACAAAGUGCUACAACUGCGAAAAAGUUGGACAACUGGCAAGUUGCUGUUUGUCAAAGACUGAUAAACCAAAGAAGCAGUCCACAAAACAAGUGAACGUGCUGGAAUCAGUUGGUGGACCGUCCGAGUACUACUUGCAUGCAUUGCAAGCAAACUCAACUGUGAAACCAAUCACGGUAACAUUCAUGGUAAAUGGACUUCCAAUUGAGAUGGAGCUAGAUUCAGGAUCCCCCGUCUCGCUGAUCUCCGAGGAUACAUACCUGAGCCAUCAGAGAAGUUUGCCUAGACCAGCUGAAACAGACAUCAAGCUCAAAUGCAUCCGUGGACCCAUUCCUCUACAAGGAACUUUGACUGUAAACGUUGCGGUGCAUUCAAAGGACCACCGGUGCAUGUGGACGUUCUACCCGACGCCCAACCACGGUACUACAGAGCCCGCUCAGUACCAUAUGCACUGA